GCCUACUAUAGCUAUUGGAUGGUACGCCUGUGUGAGCUAACCCAACAAACUUCAUAGCUUAGGCAGGGGCAAUUUAGAAGCUAUGAAUCAAAACUUCAAAAAGAGAUGAUAUAGGAUGCGAUGAUCUGCGAGAGCGAGGCUGUAGACACCCCGCACCCCCUGUUAAUGGUGGGUCCAUGCCAUGUGGCUUAGACAAGGCUGGAGCUUUUGCCAGCUGGAUUUCCCUGAACUUGCAACCUUUGAUUCAUUCUUUUGAUAAGUUGAUCUGAACUCUAGGCUCCUAUGCAAUCUCUACAACAUGACCAUCCAAAGUUGCGCCUCUGGUGGAGAUCUAUGGCAAAAGGCCCUUGAUGCGGUCGAUACUGAAACAAAAACAAGCCUAGCCGGUAUUAUCAGUGACUAUAAAGGCAAUAUAAUCACUGAAAUCCUCGAGGAAGCAGAGCAAAAGAAGAAACUUUGUCUGAAGAAGCGCUGGAAGGUCGAGUUUCCAGGCAAAACCAUCAUCCUUCGUGACUUGCUGGACAAGAUCAUCGCGUGGGCUAGACAGUUCACAGCUAUUGUCGAUGUCGCUAUUCAAUAUGACCCGACUAGUGCUUCACUCCCAUGGGCAGAUAUAAGAUUCCUGUUACAUGUGGCUGUAAGCGACCGCAGAUGUUUCGAAUCUACAGUCUACGGUCUGGAAGCAGUGUCUCUGCUGAUCGCCUUGGCAGAAACACAGAAAAGUGAGGCCUGGACAGGUAUUCUUCCGCUUUGGACGCUCCUGGGUGGCUGUUGAA